AGUGGUUCGGUUCAGCCCAUCUCCUGCUCGUGUCCCCGUUCACAAACUUCACUAGUGUUUUUCCUGCAGGAGCGGAAGUGGCUGUAUACGUCACUGCGUCAGGUUAAAUGUGUCUGCUUUUUUCUCUUUCGGUUCUCUCAUUAUCAUUCUUUCAUAUUGGCCCUUUUAAAAUAGUAAUAUUUAUAUUUUUGUCCUGUUCUUUACUAGAAUCAGGAUAUUGAUGUGUCAUAAGGAAAUCCUUCUUUGGCUGGUUUUGAAUAUAUAAGUGAUGAUUGAAAGUUUGAAGACAAACUUGAUCAGAAGAGAAAGAUGGAAGCUCUGAACAUCCUUCUCUGUCUGCUUCUAACUGCCUUUCAGGCAAAAAACACUGUGGCAUGGUAUUGGACAACAGAUUACUGGCUGUAUUCCACAGAUGAUCCUUCAUCAACAACUGGCGAGACAGCUACAACAGAUUUCCCCUCCUGCAGGUAUAGCUGUGGAAACAACUUCGGCAGCUGCUCAUGUGACUACUACUGUCAUUAUUAUGGCAACUGUUGCCAUGACUACGAUAGCUACUGCUCUACAACAACUGACUGGCCAACUACAACAGAUUUCUCCUCCUGCAGGUAUAGUUGUGGAUACAACUUCGGCAGCUGCUCAUGUGACUACUACUGUCAUUAUUAUGGCAAUUGUUGCCAUGACUACGAUAGCUACUGCUCUACAACAACUGACUGGCCAACUACAACAGAUUUCCCCUCCUGCAGGUAUAGCUGUGGAUACAACUUCGGUAGCUGCUCAUGUGACUUCGACUGUCAUUACUAUGGCAACUGUUGCCCUGACUAUGACAGCCACUGCUUAACACCAACAACAACUUUAGAGCCAGAUACAACAGGAACAGCAUCCUCCUGCAUGUACAACUGUGGACACUAUGUUGGCAUCUGCUCAUGCACGUCUUACUGUCAUUAUUAUGGGGACUGUUGCCAUGACUAUGACAACCACUGCUCAUCAACAAGUGAAAGUCCAGUAACAGAAACAACAGAAGCAGAAACAUCAGCAGGUCACUCCUGCAUGUAUAACUGUGGAUACCAUAUCGGCAGCUGCUCAUGCACCCACGACUGUCAGUACCAUGGCAACUGUUGCUAUGACUUUCACUGGUAUUGCCCAUCAUACACAACAGAUCUUCACCCUCAGUGUGGAGGACACCUGUAUAGUUCUGGGUUGUUUUCCAGUCCAAACUACCCAAACUAUUACCAUGACAAUGCCUACUGUGUGUGGUAUCUCUCUGCUCAGCAAGGACAGAGGAUCUUCCUGACAUUUGCUGAUGUGCAACUGGAGCGCUGCUGUAACUGUGACUACAUCUCAGUAUACGACGGCUCUUCCACUGGUCAUCCACAGCUGGGAAAAGUCUGCUUCAAUGACACCACACACCAGGUGUUUCACUCUUCUUCACGAUACUUGACUGUUGUCUUCAGGAGUGACUACUCUGGUGUCAGCCAUGGUUUCAAGGCCCUUUUCUCAAGCUCUCUCACUGAAGAUCAAGGUCGUGUGGAUUGUUCCUCAGACAACAUGGUCAUUGUCAUUCAGAGGUCUUACCUGAACUCACUCGGGUUGAGUGCAAAUGACCUUUAUGUGGACAACCAUCUUUGCAGACCCUCCAUCAGCAGUACUGAGGUUGUGUUCAGCUUCCCUAUUGAUGCAUGUGGGACCACCAAAAAGAUAAUGAAUGGUUAUGUGUCCUACACCAACAAUGUGCGGGCCUCUCAGUCUCAAUCGGGCGAAAUCACUCGUCAAUCACAGUUCCUGCUACGCGUGGGCUGCCGAAUGGAGCCGGACACCAUGGUGCAGAUAUUCUACAAGGCCGGGGAGAUCGGCAAUGCCAACAUCACAGGAACGGGUCGCUUCAAUGCCAGCAUUGCCUUCUACACCUCCAGCAGUUUCUACCAACAAAUUUAUGACUCUACAUAUGAGGUGAACCUGAAUCAGUUUUUGUAUGUUCAGGUCAAGCUAAACAGGCCUGAUAACAGUCUGGAUCUCUUCCUGGACACCUGUGUAGCGUCUCCAAAUCCAGAUGACUUCAAAGAUCGCUCCUAUGACCUCCUGCGUAACGGAUGUGCCAGAGACAACACAUAUUAUUCCUACACCAGCGGUCAUCACUACUACGCUCGGUUCAGAUUCCAGGCUUUCAAGUUCCUCCGGACUCACGCCUAUGUGUACCUGCAGUGUAAGGUGAUCAUCUGCCCUGAUAACGAUUACAACUCACGCUGCCGCCAAGGUUGCCGCUACCGUCGCAAGAGAUCCCUUGACAGCACCUACCACACCAAUACUGUGACGCUGGGGCCAAUCAAACUCAAAGGUCUAAGGCAUGGUGUGAAGGAUUCCGAGAAGUCAAAGGAAUGACCUGGAAUGGAAGGAAUGAAGUGAUCAUCUUCUCAAUCAUCACCUUAAUCAUUACUCUUAAUCAGUCUUUAUUAACCACCCAGCAAAUUAAUCAAAGCACAAAUUGUAUUUCUGCAAUUCAAUAAAACAUUUCUAAACAGCAGUUUUCAUCAUUAGUGUCUGCAGUUGUGUUUAUAUUGCCUUUCUGUAAUGAAUCAACAUAAUGC